UCUCUUUAUGUGCCCAAAAUUAUUACUAUAAUAAGCUAUAAAGCUCCCUUGGUUGUCCGAAACCUCUCUUGUCUUCAAUUCAAUCAUUAAUCGAAGUUGAACAUAGAGUACCAGCAGCAUAACUCCUCUUCCACCCCUCAUAUAUCUUAAAGCUUCUCUUCAAUUCUUUGCAUAACUUUCUCCUUUGCUUCUACCCUUUCUUUUGUAUUUCGAACGAUCAAACAAAAUUCUCGUAUUAAGAACAAUCCAUGGCAGGAGGAAGUGGAGGAAGGAACUUGGAGGAAACGCCUACAUGGGCAGUCUCAGCUGUUUGCUUUGUUUUGAUCACAAUAUCUAUAAUCAUCGAGCAUAUCAUCCAUCUCAUAGGAAAGUGGUUGAAGAAGAAGCACAAAAGAGCUAUGUACGAGUCACUUGAAAAGAUAAAAUCAGAGCUUAUGUUAUUGGGGUUCUUAUCGUUGCUUCUAACGGUGGGACAAGGUCCAAUAUCAAGGAUAUGUAUAUCGGAAAAAGUUGCAGGGACAUGGCACCCUUGCAGCAAGGACGACGAAAGCCAUGACUCAGAUAGUGAAGAUUCGCAACACGGAACCAAUGGUCGUAGGUUGUUAGCGGCGUUCUAUGCUUCGGACACGCGGCGUCUUUUGGCCGGAGGAGGAAGCCACAAGUGUGCCCAGGGUAAAGUCCCGUUUGUGUCAUCGGAUGGCAUUCAUCAACUCCAUAUAUUUAUCUUCGUGCUGGCUGUUUUCCAUGUUCUUUACUGCGUCAUCACUAUGGCUCUGGGUAGAGCAAAGAUGAAAAGGUGGAAACGAUGGGAAGAGGAAACCAAGACACCUCAGUACCAAUUUUCACACGAUCCUGAGAGAUUCAGAUUUGCGAGGGACACAUCGUUUGGAAGAAGACACUUGAGCUUCUGGACCAAAAAUCCUGUCCUCAUGUGGCUUGUUUGUUUCUUUAGGCAGUUUGUGCGGUCAGUUCCUAAAGUGGAUUACUUAACCUUGAGACAUGGAUUUAUAAUGGCACAUUUGGCUCCUCAAAGUCACUCCAAAUUUGAUUUUAGGAAAUACAUAAAACGAUCACUGGACGAGGAUUUCAAAGUUGUCGUUGGAAUCAGUCCUCCAUUCUGGUUCUUCGCAGUGCUGUUUCUCCUCUUAAACACUCAUGGGUGGUACUCUUAUCUGUGGCUGCCAUUUAUCCCUUUGAUUAUCAUCUUGUUGGUUGGAACCAAGUUGCAAGUGAUCAUAACCGAGAUGGGCCUAAGAAUUCAACAAAGGGGAGAGGUACUGAAGGGCGUGCCUUUGGUGCAACCAGGGGAUCACUUGUUCUGGUUUAACAGACCAGGCCUUAUUCUUUACCUCAUCAAUUUUGUGCUAUUUCAGAAUGCUUUCCAGCUGGCUUUUUUCUCAUGGUCUGCGCUUCAAUUCGGGAUUCGAUCAUGUUUCCAUUCGCAUACGGAGGAUGUGGUGAUCAGAAUCACAAUGGGGGUCCUGAUUCAAAUCCUGUGCAGCUACGUCACUCUUCCUCUCUACGCUCUAGUAACACAGAUGGGUUCGACAAUGAAGGCAACAAUUUUCAACGAAAGAGUGGCGGUUGCGCUGCGGAACUGGCACCAAACCGCGAAGAAGCACAUAAGACAGAACCGCGUGGGACCGUUGUCGUUGUCGGGGACACCAACGUCAAGCAGACCCACAACGCCGAGUCACCACAUGUCCCCAGUGCACCUCCUACGAUACUACCGUUCCGAAGCGGAUAGCUUCCCUGCUUCUCCUCGAAGGUCUAACUUGGAUUCCCAACCUUGGGAUAAUAGUAACAUCAACGUUGAUUCCCCUUCUCCUUCUUACUCCCACCACCAAUUGGAAAUGGCUCCACAAACCAAUGACCCCACCGUUGACACAACGCACCAUGAGAUUGUUGUUGCACGUCAUAGCAAGGAGUUUUCCUUUGAUAAAAGACCUACUACUAAUAAUACGUAAAUUAAAAUUGAUUCACCACCAGAAAAAAAAAAAAAAAAAA